AUGCAUUCCACGAUUUCGUCAUUGAAUGAGGAUACUUCAGAGGUGAAUAAAGAGUUGAAGUAUUGUUCAGCUUCUGCUGCGAUAUCCUAUGAAAAUCCACUUUACACAAGAGAAUCUUUACUUUAUAACCUUACAGAGAGCUUGAUGUUCCUCUCCCACAUCGUUGGAGACAUACACCAACCUCUGCAUGUAGGCUUUCGGGCAGAUUUCGGCGGUAACACCAUCCGUGUGCACGGGUACCAAAAGAUGACCAACCUUCACAAAGUGUGGGACGAUAAUAUUAUCCAAACAGCCAUGAGUGACUUCUAUGGCAAUGAUCUCAACCGCAUGAUGGAAUCCAUCCAGCGGAACCUUACUGAGGAAUGGAUGGAUGAAAUUCAUGAAUGGGAGACAUGUGGUCCAAAAUCAGUGGCUUGUCCAGAUAAGUAUGCAUCUGAGAGUGUUAGACUCGCGUGUGAUUAUGCAUAUAAAAAUGUUACUAACAAUUCGACUCUCGGAGAUGAGUAUUUCCUUUCACGGCUUCCCAUUGUUCAAAAGAGGAUUGCACAAGCUGGUGUAAGAUUGGCUUCUGUUCUGAACCGGAUUUUCGAUGUAAGUGGUGGCCAAAGAAAUCCAGUGGUUGCUAUCGCAUGAAGUGCUUCAAUGGAACUCAUCCAAGGGUCGUGACGUUUUGGCUGUCAUUAGUAGGAGUUUGUAAUAAUCAGUUAGACUUACAUGGCCGACAAUAUCAUUAUCUAUGGUCGCUUGAUAUA